GGUGUUUCGUUGAGUGGUCUGCGGGUCUGCAGCUGGACCUACUUGGGUAAAACGAGCCGAGCGAGAACACUUCCUGGUGUGAGAACGUAGUCGCUGCUCACGGACCUGAGAAUCGGACCAGAACUUGGACUGAGGCUGAAGACGUUUUCACAAAUACGGGAGUAUACACAAGUAUGGAUAUUGAGAAAUGGCCUCACCUUUCUACUGAAAACACGCUCGUGUUUGUGCUCGUUUGUUCUCUGGUUUGUUCUGGAGCAACACAUCAGGACGAGACUAACGGUGUCUCCAGAACGUACGUCACAGAGGGGGAAGAUGCCGUCCUUCACUGUUCUUCUGUAGAAAGCCUUGAGAACACGGUGGUAGACUGGAAGAACCAAAAUAAAAAAGAAGUGUGCCUCUACGACGGAGGCCAGCACUGUGAGGACAGGCGGGACAAUCAGGACGAGCAGUACAAAGGACGAGCGUCACUUUUCUACGACGAGCUGAAGAACAGAAACGCAUCCUUGAUCCUCAACAACACAAGGAUUGAAGACACGGGGACUUACACCUGCAUACUUCCACGUUUGAGUUCUGGAAUCCAAAGGUCCACGGUGGAGCUCAUCGUCGGUGUCUCCAGAACGUACGUCAAGGAGGGGGAAGACGUCGUCCUUCACUGUUCUUCUGUAGACAAUCAGAGUCUCAAAAACUCACUGAUAAGUUGGAAGAACAUAAAUGGUAAAGAGUUGUUCCUCUAUGAGCUUGGACAUCACACUGAGGACGGCUGGUGCUGUCAGGAUGAGCAGUACGGAGGACGAGUGUCACUUUUCUACGACGAGCUGAAGAACGGAAACGCAUCCAUGAUCCUCAGAGACAUGAGGAUUGAAGACACGGGGAUUUACACCUGUGACCUUCCAGGUUUGAGUUCUGGAAGGAAAAUAUUCACGAUGGAGCUCAUCGUCGAACGGGUCCUCAGAAACAGAAUUGGACUUGAAAAAGGAGCCGUUCAGGCGCCAGUCCUUGAAAUAUCUGACGUGUCAGAGGCCGGCAUGGAGCUCCAGUGUGUGGUCAGAGGUUCUUCAUCAAAGCCGAGUGUAGAGUGGCAGACGUGUGAAGGAACCUCUCUUAAUUCAGAGGAGCCACUGGUCUCUGAGACACGAGGCCGUUACGACACCACGCUCCUCGUCACUGUGACGGAGACGAAGACCAACUGCUUCCGCUGCGUGGUCAAACAGGAGGACAUUUACCACAGGAUUGAUGAUAACAUCACUGUGUCAGAGAAACUCUUUGAGAAAAUGUCCUCCCACGAUACUCAGUCCUCCCACAGCACAGGUGUUCUCGUAGGCAUGUUUUUUGCUGGAGUUGUCACACUUGUGUUACUUCAGCUGGUUCUGGUUCUGUCUCUGAUCUUCACAAGACGCAGAACUCAAAGGAACAUGGAGAAGAAGAUGAUGAUGAACGUCAUAUCCAGUAACAUGACCUCAGAUCAAAACAUUGGAAACAGAAGCAUUUACACCAAGAACAUGAGGAAUGACACAGUGAAGACAGAGAAGGAGACAGAGGAGAAGACAGAGGAGGAGAAGCUCAUGUCCAGUGACAGCUCAGGUAAACAUGAGCAGGUGUUUCCUGCUUCAUCAGUGUUUUUUAGUCUCUGUGACUAGGGCUGGGCGAUAUGGAAAAAAAUGUUAUCACGAUAUGUUUUUCCAUAUUAAUCGAUCUCGAUUCUUAUCACGAUAUGUAGUUUUUGCAGAUGCUGCCAGUGUGAGGGACAUCCUGAAGCUUGAAGAAAUAAGAGAUUCACUGAAACUUUAUAAUAAAGUUUAAUAACAUAAAAAACAACUUAUUUAAACAACUUAAAAAACAAUUAUUAAAUAAUAAUAAUCUUAAAUAUGUAUAGAGGCAGCACAAAACCAAACUAAGUAAACAUGUGGGUCACACCCUCUGACACAUUCAAGUGCUAAACAAAGACAAAAUAAAUGUCAAAACUAAACCACUAUAAUACUAUUAUAUUGGUUUUUUGGAGGUAUUGAGAAGUGCAAAAAUAAAAGGUUGUGCACAUCUUUUGUAAUGUAAACAUGAGUCAUCUCCCUUUACACAAUAACAGCUGUGACAACUAUCACAUCAAAUUGCUUUGGCUGGACAGUGAACAUCUCCAGGACAAAAACAGUAAACAGGGCCCUGGCACAAAUGCUACCUGAAAGAUUAAGGUAGAUCUCUAGAAAUAUUUUAAAAGUAGAACGAAAUCUGAGCCAAAAUUGCACAAUAUGUAGUAAACCAGUCAGUUAUUCUAUCAUUUACCCCAUUAUAGGUUUUUUACAAGAAAGACAAGUCUGGCUUUAAAGCAGCGAGGCAAUAACUAAUAGCGCUUGUUAUAUUUUUGCUCCGCUUUUAUAGUUUAUAUAGUUCAUACGGUGCAAUGUCUGCAAAGAACGACUGGAUAGAUUUUUGUUUCACAGAGCCGCUCUCGCUAGCGAUGCUAACGGCAGACGUCGUGCUAGCUUGAGCCCGCAGAGUCACACUGUCAGUGUAAACACUGAGGUGGUGCCGCCACAGGCGUUGUGUUCCCCGUCCUGGCUGCUACCAACCACCGGCAUAUUUUCAGACCGCUCCUGGUCGCUUUUGCAGUAUCCAAACUACGUCCACACAAUUGACGUCGUGUUGCCUUUUUUUUAACAAUGUCUUCGCUGUGUUCGGCAUUAUUUUCGCUGUCUUCGCUCAUUUUUUCCUCAUUUCUUCAACUUCUUUCCUGCUCUCUCUCUGGUUGGAACUUUAGCGACGCUGCUCACAAUGUGUUAAAUGUCAAUAUUUAACAUAGGAGUCUGGUGUAUUUAGAGACAGCACUGCUGAAAGCCGGCCAUCGUGACCCACGUUCACUGGUAUUUCACUUCAGUGAACAAAUCUUUCUCAUGAUUCAGUUUCAGUGAAAACAACUGCUUUACAAGUCACUAGUUUGUGUUUGCGUCGCGUUAUAAAACCACGUCACCACAGUUUAACGCAGCCGUUGCUAUGACGACUCCGCCCUCUUUGAGGAGGAGCUAUGAAGUCGUAGAAAACAACGUGACUGAUCUACUAGAACUUUUUUACUGAACACAAGCAUGAGUUUAAAAACACAUUGUCAUAUCAUGUCUCUACUUUUGCACCUUAUUAUAGAGAAUAGCAUCAAUAAGAGUGUCAAUAAUUCUCCGUAUCAAUAAUGGUAAAGAUACUUUCUGUCGUCUAACUUCAGCAGAACAGAAAAUCACUUUCUACUUUCAAAUGUUUUCCACACCGCUGUCAUGACACACACACAGAUGCUGAUGCUCAGGCUCAGUGACUGCAGUAUUUAAUCAAAUGUCCUGAUGAUCCGCUCACAUCUGGACAUCUGGACGUCCCCGUGUGUCACUACCACGGUGAUGUAUGUACACUGUAAACAUUUAUUUGUUGUUGUUAAUGUCUAUGUUUUAUUUUCUCCUUUUUCUACAGCUUCAGCUUCAUCAACGUGAAGUGUAAAAUCCAAUGACUGCACUGUGUUGUCAGAGUUGCUGAACUUGGAUGCUGUAAAAAUAACUCAAACGAUAUGAAGUUAGUCAUAUCAAAUGUCAAAUGUUAUCAGGUUUGUGUCUGUAGACGUGUCCGGGGUCGGUCUCUUGUGUCACGUACGAAGUUUCGAGGCGAUCGAUCAAUGCAUGUUGAAGUUACAGGGCACUUCCUGUUUCGUGAUCGCCAAACUCCCCAUGUUUGCCGUAGCCGCGCCUUUUUGUCUUUGAUGUGUCCAGUACGUUUUUUUUAUGUUGGUACAAUAAACGCCCACUUCCUUAUUACGAGUUCCCACCAAGUUUCGUGAAAUUUGGUGGAACUUAAUUUUGGCUUGCUCCAUCCACGUUUGGCCUUAGGGGGCGCUAUAGAGCUGUUAUCUGUUCUUCCUUCAGAUUAUUAUAAUCUCCUUGGCUUUGCGAUCAUUUUUGAGUGGGUUAACGUGCAUAAAAACUCUUGAAACUUAGCAUGGAGGUCAGGUCUGGUGAAAAUGUGAUACUGGCAUAGUUGCCCGACCUGUGUGUUGCUCAAGGGCUCUAUAGCGCCCCCUAAGGUGAAAACAAGGCAAAAUUUAGUUCCACCGAAAUUAGGUGGAAAGUUGUUACAGACCAAGACGAAGAAAAAAGUCGACCGUAACCAUGGCCUCAACUCAACAGGAAGUCGGCAUUUUUGAAUUUUGGCGAUUUGCACCCUACAUAAAUUAAUGAAGUCAUCUCUGCGCUGCUCCUCUUGGCUCCAUGCACUGUUUAACGCCCUUAAAAGUGACGACAUUUACCAGGGUCACUGAGUGCAUCUCAGUAUCGCUUCUCUAAACUCCACCCUUAUUCUUCAAUGCCAUUAAAUCUACACACUGGGCCUUUAAAGACACAUACAAUGUGUUUGCACUGUUACGGUUUAUGUAUUUAAGGAAAAUCUUUAAGCUUCUCUGUAUUUCUUGAAUGUGAAUGGAUGGAUGGAUGAAUGUUGACACAUUACAUGUUACAUUACAUGUCAUUUAGCAGACACUUUUAUUUUAAAGUGCUUCAAGUAAGCCAAACUAUAAAGUGCUAACUAUAAAGACACGUUUCACUGAAAGUACAUUUUUCUGUGAAAAUGAUUAGGAAGUUUUUAAAAGUCUGUAUUUGAUGAAAGUCAUGCAGACACUGUUUAACCAGAAAUAUGUUUUUCAUUUUUUGCUUCAUUCUCAGAUAAAAAAAUACUUGUGCCUUCUUUAUAUACUGUGUAUCCAUUUGUUACUUUAAUAAUGGGAAAUAAAUAUAUUUUACUGCC